CCCUGUCCCCUUUCUUCAUAAAUGACUCCAUCCACUGUUGUUGCAUCUAAGCAGAGCAGGAGUUUUCGACUGAAAAGAUAGCAUUAAUGCAGAGCAAUAAGGCAGGGCCUUCUAAGUCGACCUUACACAGGAAUUUCCAUGGCCGCUUCGAGUACGAUGUCUUCUUGAGCUAUCGAGGAGAAGAUACCCGCAAGAACUUCGCCGGACUUUUCCGUCAUAUCCUUGAUCAGAAAGGCAUACACGCCUUCUUUGACGACUUAGAUUUGCAGAAGGGGGAGAAAAUUGAGGAGAUAUUGGAUGCAAUAAGCAGGUCCAGGUUCUUGGUUCCCAUCUUCUCCCAGAACUAUGCUGAAUCUAAGUGGUGUCUUAGAGAAGUUGCCAAGAUGGUAGAAUGUCGUAAGGAUGGUGGGCAAGAGAGGCUUAUCGUUCCUGUCUUUUUUGACGUCAAUCCGAAGGACGUCCGACACCAGAGCGGCCCAUUCAAGGCCGCCUUUUUGAAGCACAAGAAGGAAAGAAGGGAAGAGGUAGAUGGAUGGAAGCGCGCGCUGGAAUACGUUGGAGGAAUUUCCGGCUAUGAUCUCAAAGCCUACAAUGGAAACCAAAGCGAACUUGUCAGUUCAAUGGUUGAAAAGAUUCAGACUGUUUUGGCAUCGAAGAUGCCCCUUGAUCAGGAGGAAGAAUAUCUUGUUGGUCUUGACCGCCGUAUAGAAAAGAUGAUGGAGCUUAUGGACAUCCAAGUAAAAGACGUCCGGAUCAUUGGAAUCCAUGGCGUCGGUGGCGUGGGGAAAACUACACUUGCCAAGGCCAUCUAUAAUAAAUGCCAUCACAAGUUUCAGGCGAGUAGCUUCAUUGAAAACGUAAGAGAGGUUUACAAAUCUAAAGGACCAAUGGAGCUCCAAAAGCAGCUUAUUCAGGAUUUUUCGCAUGACAAACAUAAAAUAAAUGAGAAUAUCUCAAGUAAAGCGGUCGGAAUGAUUAAACAAAAGGCUAGUAAGAAAACUGUUCUUCUUGUUCUUGAUGAUGUCGAUGAUAAAAAUCAGCUCGAUGCUUUGGCUGGCAAGAGAGACUGGUUUCAUCCAGGAAGUAGAAUCAUCGUCACUACGAGGCAAGCGGAGAUACUUAAAUUUGCAGGUUUGCAGGAUGAUGCUGUUUAUAUGGUUGAGGAAUUGGAUGGGGAAGAAUCGCUUCAGCUAUUCAAAUAUCAUGCAUUUGGAGAUCAAGAACCCCAAGAAAAGUAUACCAAGUUAUCCAAGGAAGUCGUAUCAAUUAGCAAUGGGCUGCCAUUAGUUGUCCAAGUGUUUGGUUCACUUUUUAAGACAGCCGAAACGCCAGAGGAAUGUGACGAGUUGCUGAAAGACUUGAGAUCACGUCGUCAAGUUAGCGAAGUUCAUGAAAAAUUAAGAAUAUGUUAUGAUAGUUUAAAAUGGAAUGAGCGGUACAUCUUCUUGGAUAUUGCAUGCCUUCUUGUCGGCAAAAGUUCAGAGGACGCCAUCUAUAUGUGGGAUGGUGACAAUCUUUUGCCACACCUAGCUAUAAGGAGCUUGCAAAAUAGGUCCCUUAUUAAGAUUAACAAGGGAAAGUUUGAAAUGCAUGACCAAAUACGAGACAUGGGAAGAGAAAUCGUUAUGACAGAAAAUCCUUCUCACCCUGAAAAGCGCAGCAGAUUAUGGUGUGAAGAAGACGUGGUGAAAGCUUUAACCAAGCUUCAGGGAAACAAGAUUCAAGGCAUCCUUCUCAACUCACGUGAGGAAAGCAAGGCGAAAUUGAGCACCGAAGCCUUUGAAUUGAUGUCUGAAAUUAGAAUACUCUUUAUCAACUUGGCCAACUUCAGUUACUGUGAAUUUCAGCAUCUUCCUGCAAGUUUGAAAUGGUUAGAAUGGAAAGGUUGUCCCUUGCCAACUCUUCCACUUGAAAGCAAGUUUAAAAGCAUUGUGGUCCUUAACCUUUCUCGAAGUUUUAUCAGCCAAUUGUGGACUGAAACACCAACAUGGUCAAGCUCAAUACCAAGGAAAGAGUUGUUUGAUGGACUCAAAGUUCUUGACCUCUCCUGUUGUGGAUGUCUCAAUGCCACUCCCAAUUUUGCUAUGGCACCAAAUCUGGAGAAGCUUAUACUUGAUGAGUGUAACAUGUUGAAAGAAGUUGAUGACUCCAUUGGGUCUCUAAAAAAGUUGGUCUUUCUCAGCAUAAGGGAGUGUGUAUCUUUGGAGAAACUACCCAACGAAAUAUAUGGGUUGAGUUCUCUUGUAGUUUUCAACCUUGAAGGAUGCAGCACUCUUGUCGCUUUUCCUCAAUUUCUGCCAACAAAUUCCACUACUGGCUUUUUGAAACUCGAGCAGCUCAUCUUGCGAGAUUGCCAAAGCCUUGAAGUUCUACCUGACCUUCUCAAGUUUCAGUCUUUAAGAAGCCUGCACAUAGAUGGCUGCCAAGGCCUUGACCACAGAAGGAAACAUUUAUUUGAGGAUGUGGCAUUUAAAGAAUGGGAUGAACUCGGCAUUUCUGGAAGUCGAACACCGUCUUAUGAGCAAGAAUUUUCUUUCCUACUUCCAGUUGGCUCUAUCAAUGACCCCUUGCUUUUACAACACUUACAGUGCCAUGGUUAUGGCGAUCCAUGCGAGAACAGAACCAUCAAAUUGCACGUUCGUCAUGAAGAUACGGCAAAACGUGGGGUCCUCUUGGAGACUAUGCAUGAAGCUCACUGUGACAAUUCUAAGUAUAAGGACGAUGUGUAUGUUGACUGCUAUACAAUCAAUUUUGGUAGGAAUGAUAAGAUAAAUGAGGUCCCAAGAGGCAAAACCAUAAUUAUGAAGGUAAAAGCUGCCAACAAUUUUGAGCUAACAAAAGUUGACGUCAAAGUUCAAAAAAGAAGCAAGUUUAGAGAUGAGAACAUGAAGCCAUUUAUCAGCAUAUCUAGAAGGAAUUUUCAGAUUGGACUCUCCAUAUUCUUCGAUCUCCAUGAAGCAGAUAAACUUGAUGCCAUUGAAUAUUCAACGAGGAUGGAGAAACGCAUAGAUGACAUAUUGAUGCAACUGAAUGUCCCAUGCGGAGAACAAAUGCUGUUUUUUGAUUGGAUUAUUGAAGAACUUAUUAUCCUUACCUUGAUUUUUGGUGAUAUUGAUGCUUCAUGGUAUGAGCAACGGCAUGGAACACGGUUGCCACGACAAGAAACUUCAAAGGUUUUAGAGAAAAUAAAAGUUGUCAAUCUCUCUUAUUGUAAGUUUCUUGUCAAGACACCUGAUUUGGCUCGGAUCCCAAAUUUGGAGGAGUUGAUUCUUGACCAUUGUGAAUGCUUACUUGAAAUUGGUGAAUCCAUUGGACAACUGAAACGUCUCAUCUUGCUGAGCAUGGUCGGAUGUGCAAAUUUAGGUUUUCUCCCCUGUGGAAUUUUGCAACUGAAUUCCCUUCAACGACUCAGCCUUCAAGGUUGUUCAAAAAUCAAGUUCCUACCUGAAGCAAGCAGGAUGAAUGUAAGGUUGGAGAGUCUACAGCUGCUCAUACUUGAUCAUUGCACUUCAUUAACAGAAAUACCAGAUUAUGUUGUUGGGCUCAAGUGCUUACGUUGCCUAUCCUUGAAAGGUUGUUCUUUACUUAAACAGAUACCUUCUUUCAUUGAAAGUUCGGUGGCCUUAGAGGAGCUCAUACUUGACCAUUGCACUUCAUUAACAGAAAUGCCAUAUUAUGUUGGACAACUCAAGUGCCUAUGUCGCCUAUCCUUGGAAGGUUGUUCCUCACUUCAACGACUACCUUGUAUUUUGCUUUCGGUGGUCUUAAAGGAGCUCAUACUUGAUCAUUGCACUUCACUGACACAAAUACCAGGUUAUAUUGGAAGACAUAAUUGCCUACGGCGCCUAUCCUUGGAAGGUUGUUCCUCACUUGAACGCCUACCUAGUCCCAUGGGAAGGUCGGUAAGAACAUGCCCACAUUGGCUAGGCAACUUGAAGAGGCUAACUAAAAUGCAGUCUAAGAACCCUAGGAAAUUGGCUUCAGUGCCCGACCUUUCAAACUUGACAGCAUUGGAGGAGUUGAGUGUAGAAUUUUGCACGAAUCUGGUCGCAAUUCCUGGCUUGCAGAACUUAAGAUCACUGAAAGUCCUAUACAUGAAUGGCUGUUGGCAUCUUGAUCUCAAUAAGAUUUGGUCGCAGUUGAAGGAGGCAGCAUUUCAUGAUCUCCAGGCAUUCCGCAUUGGUUGCAAAAAUCGGAGUGGUGUGAAGACAAUAUCUCUUCCGUUUCCGAGAGGAGGGCGCUUGAAGAGCGAGCGCCUGCAACUUGAAAAAAUGGGCGUUUUAGUUGAAAGAAAGUCCAAGGAAGAAAUAAUGGAUCAUGUUGUCAAAGUCCCAGAAGAUGAUAGCGUGCUAAAUGUUGGCGUAGCUGUAAGGUCACGUCUCUUUCCACCUGCUGAUCGGCCCCAGAUGGCGCUACAGUUAAGGGAGGACCUUGAAUCCCCAUAUGCUGGUUACCAUUCAUACACGGCCAGGUUUGGGAAGGACGAUGAGAUAAAUAAGCACUUGAGGCUGGAGCCAACAAGUGCCACUCGAGUCCCAACCCUACACAUAUCUUGCCAAGACCCAACGUUCAGGAUGGUGCGAGCAAACAUAUCUUUUCACACUUGAACUUGUUCCAUCUAUUAUUUAAAUAUUACCAUGUCUUUUUUUUUUUAAUGACAAUGUGUUAGGUUUAUUUGCAAUUUUUUCUCUGAAAAAUAAUAUGCUUACUUCUGUCGGGAAAUGUUUGAUGAGCAUCUAAGAAAUUAGCGCUCCUAUUGUCACACCCUUUGAAUCCCAAAUCA